AUGAAUGGAUCUCAGACUCCAAGCUGGGCCUGGCAAAAUGGAUCUGAUUGGAUAAACAAGCUUUCUUGCACUGCUGUACAUCAUUAUCAUAUGGUUUAUGUAAUAGAAACAACCCUCCUCCCUUCUUUUAUUGGGGUUAUCUAUUCAACAGGAUUGGUCGGAAAUAUACUCAUCCUAUUUACCAUUAUCAGGUCAGUACGGAAGACCAUCCCAGAUAUUUAUAUUUGUAACCUAGCAGUGGCAGAUUUGGUUCACAUUAUUGGACUACCAUUCCUGAUUCAUCAGUGGGUACGAGGAGGCGAGUGGGUGCUUGGCAGUACUGUCUGCACCAUUAUCACAUCGCUAGACAGUUGCAAUCAGUUUUCCUGUUGUGCAAUUAUGACAGCUAUGAGUCUGGACAGGUACCUGGCUCUUGUUCAUCCAUUUCAUCUGACAAGCUUCAGAACCAGGUCAAAAACCAUUAAAAUCAAUUUCUGCCUUUGGGCAGCUUCUCUUGUAUUGGCUCUUCCUGUCUGGACACAUGCGAAAAUCAUUAAAUUUAAGGAUGGCUUGGAAAGCUGUGCUAUUGAUCUGACUUCACCCCAGGACAUACUUUGGUAAACACUGUAUCACACCUUAACUUCUUUUUUCUUUCCCUUGCCACUGAUAUUGAUUUGCUACAUACUGAUUCUAUGUUACACAUGGGACAUCUAUCAGGAAAACAAGAGAACUGGAAGAUAUAACGCGACUAUCCCCAGAGCGCGACUCAAACGAUUGACCAGGAUGGUCCUGGUUUUAGUGAGCAUUUUUGUGGUUAGUUCAACACCAUAUCAUGUGAUGCAACUGGUAAAUCUCGAAAUCACUCAGCCAACCACUGCUUAUUACAUUGGCUAUUACAUCUCCAUCUGCCUCAGCUAUGUCAGCAGCAGACCCUUUCUCUACAUCUUACUCAGUGGCAAUUUCCGCAGGAGGCUGUCUGGCUGCAAAAAGAUUCAACUGAAAGUGACUGAACGUGAAAUUAUUAACAUAGAAAGCACAGUGAAGUUGAGUUAUUAG